GGUUAUACCGCGUAAGGGUGAGAGCUCGAAUAGUUUCCUAAACUAUCGACUUUGAUAAUAAUGUUAGGGCUUAAGGAACAAGUAAAAGAGUGUCAGUGAUCGAUAAAGAGCUCGGCUCGCGCGUACCAUUCCGCCUUUUAAUUUCAUGUCUAGGUUAGGUGCUGCGUCGCUUCAAGAUUAAUAGAAAAAAAGGUAAAGGAAUAAUAAAGGUACAUAGGAUCGUUCGUUCUGGAUUACGGAAUUUGUUCGGUGGUAGAGCAUCUUUUCUCGUUGACGAUAACGGUCGGGACUAGAAUCAUCUGCGCGCCGCGCACCCCUUGUUGUCCGUUCUCUCCCCUCGACCGAGCCCUGAUUCCAUUGUAUUUUGUAUCCUUUUUCGACUCGGACUUGAAAACGAAAAAACCUCGGACCAAGAGCCAGGGACGCAAUUAUCCUGCAUUCAGACUGCGACCGAUAGCUUCGAUCCUUUUUUCGGGGGGGGGGAUUCUUGUGUCCUGGAUGGGCGGCGAUGUUCUAUCGUGGAGUUUAACUCGCUAUGCUUUUCUACCAGAGAUUCAAUGAUAUUGCUCGAUCGAAUAGAGUACAUAUUCUCUUCUCGUUAACACAGCCACUUUAAAAGCGUAUUUGUUUGUAAUUUGUUGGUCGUUAUGUACGCGUACGCACUAGGCAUACGCAUGCCCGUGAACGAUAAACGAGGCUCGAAUGAAAGUACAGAAAAUUAGCAAUUGGCAAUUUCGAAUUGGGCAUGUCGAAAGUGCAGCGUUCCUCGCGGCGCGGGGGUUUGGCCGACAUCGACGCCGACGGGCCGAUCUCGGGACGGGGCGAGCGUUGCGCAGGGGGUUUCCGUGCGCGAUGCCACAGCCAACCGACUGGUAGUAUCCAGGGGGCUGUUUUCUCCCUCUCAGUUGGCCGCGAUUCAGCGCCGGGUGUAUGUCCCGUUCGUCGCGGGCUAGAGCGACGCGACGCGACGCGACGCGACGCGACGUCGACGCGACGCGACGCCGACGCGAGAAACACGAGAGUCGUGUUCCGUUGUUGUCUUUCCCGAUUAAUCGCGUUACGCUAGAAACGCUCGAGUCUUGCAUUUUUCGUCAUCUCGAGUUGGAUUAAUCGAGUGUCGAAUGAAAAGGUGCCAGAAGUCUGAAAAGAGGCCAGCCGAACAAAGCGGAAAAGGACGAGAAUCGAAGGAAAACGGGAUCGAGAGGUCUUAUUUUGAACCGUCAAACUAUCAACGCGUUUUACGCAGAAUCAUCUGUUCGAAUUGAAUCGGUUCAACGUUUGCACGUGAACGAGUUAUCAGGGAUGAUCGGAUGUUGACAACGUUGGACAGAGUUCGUUUCUACGAGUAUUCGUUUAAUCGAUCGAAAUAAAUAACGUUGCCGUUUCCGCGUCGUGACCGAGCGAACCGAGUUUCCGAGUGGCGGUGGCUGAAAGAUUGAUUGCGUUAAAGAGGAACUGGUGCACGAUCGCUUUACCCGUUCUCGUUCCCGUUCCCGUUCCCGUUCCCGUUCCCGUUCCGAUCGAGCUGCGUUUCGGGGGCGUCGAACUAGCUAGUGUUUCCAGCCAGCGAAUCAAUUUCUACGUGACCAAUCGACCCGCACGGAAUACGCCAUCGCCAGUCGGGACGAUUGUAAUUAACAUCUCUCGAUCCCUUUUCCAAAAUUUGCCUUUUAAGAGUUUGCCGAACGAAUAACAGGCAUCAGGAUUUUCCAGGGAUAACGACCACCUCCGGUCGUAUAAAAAAUAAUCGAUAAAUACCAGGUUCCUUUCCACUCUGUCAGCUUCGAGUUGAACUUGUUCUCGACGAAAGCUUCUCUAGUCUCGACCGAGUCGCAAGAUAAAAGUCGAAUCUCUUCAAAGAUCCAAGAAGAAAAUCAGAGGUGAAGCAUGAGGACGUCGACGGGAACAUAGUCGGGUCAUAGUUGAUAAUCCGUUUGACGCGACGACUACUAGAAAAGAAAUCGACGAUAACGAGGAGAGAUCUAAGAUUCGCUACGGUAAUCUUGACAAUAAUCAAGUAAGACUGACGCGAGCGAAACGAUUAAUCGCGACAAGUAGAAAAAUAAGAAAGAAAAGAAAAGAGGAGAGGAGAGAGCAAACGAUCGAUUCGAAAAAUGGUAUAUUUUCGUGUCUCGUUUUUUCGCCAAAAAACCUAACCUCGAACGCGAUGGGUCGCAAAAGGUGAUUAAUAGAAGCUCGGAGAGCCCAGGGAUUGACUUUGACUGCAAUUUCGAGGAAAAAGAAAUAUAUAGGUGUAUAUACAUAUACGUAUACAUAUACAUAUACAUAUACAUAUACAUAUACAUAUGCAUAUACAAUAGAUGUACAAUACAUGUUCGAGUGCCUCUGAGAAGAUUACCGCGCGCUACUGCGACACUUUUUGUCCGAGAAAGGGUGGCGUGGCUGAAUCCAGAGAGACGAAGAGAUGUCACUGAAUCACAGAUAUUACGUAACAACGGUGCCAGACGAGGGCGAAAACAGCUUUAAAAUGCCCAGAGCUUCCGUGGUACACAUGACGUCGACGGCGACGAGACCGCAGCACAUGUCGCAGGUUUUAGCCACCCUGGCACUGUCUAUGGGAACGCUAUCCUCGGGUUUGGCCAAGGGUUACACUUCGCCGGCCUUGGACUCCAUUCUAGACAACCAACCUCCUCACCUUUACCAAUCGUCCAACAACAACAACAAUAACACUUGGUCGGCUUUCUCCGUGACGCAACAAGAAGCCUCUUGGGUAGCGUCUCUGUCGAUGCUGGGCGCAUGGUUCGGUGCUAUGAUCGGCGACUGGAUAAUGAGAAGAGGGCGUCGAUUGGCCCUCCGCGCGACGUCGUUGCCUCUGACCGCAGUUUGGAUCUUCACCGGAAUCGCACCCUGCGUGGAAUUGGUCUACGUGACCAGCUUCGUCGGAGGUCUUUGCUGUUCGGUCAUCACGAUGGUUGGUCAGGUGUACAUAUCGGAAAUCUCGAUGCCGGGCAUCAGAGGCUGCCUAUCGGCCAUGUUGAAGGUGCUGGGUCACGUCGGCGUGUUAUUGUCGUACAUAGCGGGCAUGUACAUGAAUUGGCGGCAAAGCGCCCUGCUGGUAGCAGGAGCUCCCUCGAUGCUGUUUUUGGGGACCCUCUUUAUACCCGAGACGCCUUCGUACCUCGUUCUGAAUGGCAAAGACGACGAGGCAGCCAACAGUUUACAGUGGCUGCGCGGCGAUCACGUCGAUAUACGACACGAACUUCAGGUGAUCAAGACGAACAUUCUGGCCUCGAGAGCAAAGCAGUACGAGCUGACGUUCAAAAACAGUAUGUUCACGCCGCGAUUGUACAAACCCAUCGCCAUAACGUGCGGCUUGAUGUUUUUCCAAAGGUUUUCCGGAGCGAAUGCGUUCAAUUACUACGCGGUCAUUAUAUUUCGCCAGACCUUGGGUGGCAUGAAUCCUCACGGCGCGACCAUUGCGAUUGGCUUCGUGCAAUUGUUGGCUUCCCUGUUAUCGGGAUUCCUGAUCGAUAUCGUGGGCCGUUUGCCGCUUCUGAUAGCCAGCACCGUGUUCAUGUCGUUGGCAUUGGCAGGUUUCGGUAGCUACGCUUACUACAUGUCGCAGACGCAAAAUCUGGGCUAUCCGGACAACGCGGUUGUCGGCCAACACGACUGGAUACCGUUGCUUUGCGUACUCGUCUUCACGACAGCUCUCGCUCUGGGCAUAUCGCCAAUUUCGUGGUUAUUGAUUGGCGAGCUUUUCCCCCUGGAGUAUCGCGGCCUUGGUUCGAGCAUCAGCACCAGCUUUAGCUACUUUUGCGCGUUCGUUGGGAUUAAACUCUUUAUGGAUUUUCAGCAGACGUUCGGACUGCACGGAGCUUUCUGGUUUUACGCGGCUGUGGCGGUAUGCGGACUGUGCUUUGUCGUUUGCUGCGUCCCGGAAACGAAAGGGAAACAGCUGGACGAGAUGAACCCAGACUACGCGCAAGCACGGUAGUAUAAGGCCUCGCUGACAGGAGGCCUGUCGAAUCUGGAAAAGGCCAACAAGCCCCUGCCAGGAGGAGCUUAUCCUAAUCAACACGAUCCACGGGAUCUGUACAACUCGAACCAUCCGGGCACAUCCUGUCAGACCUCAGCCAACAGGAGCGCUAGUAAUCGAAAAUUAUCCGACUACUGCAACAUUUUCGCGGAGAAAACCAACAGAAUCGGUAGAAACGUCGAAAGCUUUAUGCAGUCUCGUGGAUUCUUCGCGAGCCGUUGUUCCAUCGACGAGACCGCCAAUCGAGGAACCAACGCGACGACCAUUCGCAAAAGCAACGGUGACGCGAUCAGGGCCGAUUAUCGGUUCCCCGCACGACCUCGACCGGCACAUCGAUUCGACGCCGACGCCGACGCCGACGCCGACG